AAUUCAACAAACCACACAGAAUGGAGCUACAACACAACCUGUUAAGACAUGUGAAGCAAAAUGUGUAUGAAAAACAAGUCAUAGGAGUCCCAAUCACCUCACAGGAUUACAGAUAUUGGAUUACCAACUCUGCUCAAACAUAUUUGUCUGAUCAUCAAUACCAAAUUCUGCCUCCUCCCUCCAAAACCAGACGUAGUAGAGUGAAUUCAGCUACCAAUAAAGUUGUCAAAUUCAGACAAAACCUACACAUUUUUGCUCAAGGAAUCCGAGAACAUGUGCGAUUAGGACCAAAAUUAAGUGAGACAGUGAAAGGAAAGUUGAGGUUAGGGGCAAGAAUCCUUCAUGUUGGUGGACUCCACAAAAUCUUCAUCAACAACUUCAACAUCAUAGAUGGUGAAAAACUAUUUACCGCUUCUCAAUGCUAUCUGUCAACGACAGCAGGGCCGAUAGCCGGACUCUUGUUUGUUUCGAGUGAGAGAGUUGGUUUUUGCAGUGACAGAUCCAUCAAAAUAUAUUCUCCUCCUAAUGAAAAGCUUAUAAAACAACAUUACAAGGUGAUAAUCCCUCUAGCCAAAAUAAAGAGAGCUGUUGAAAGUGAGAAUGUGAAAAACCCGAGGCAGAAAUACGUGGAGAUAGUGACAGAGGACAAUUUUGAAUUUUGGUUCAUGGGAUUUCUUAACCAUCAAAGAACGUUGAGACAUUUGCAGAAUGCAAUCAAUCCAUCAGGCCUCAAAUAAGACGAAUGUAUCGUUUUUUCAUUUCCUGCUUAGCACUGGGAUGUAAAAAAUAGGUUUAUAUAUUAGACUCUUUUCUGUUUCA